ACAUUGCCCCCUCUUCGUUGCACGAAAACGUUUUAAAAGUCUGGUUUAUAGGUAAAAACGCAAUUACAUCAAUAUCAUUCUCGUUAUUGUCUAUCUACCAUUUUAUACAUCGAACAAACAUUAUGAAUAUUUUAUUAAUUUUUGUUGUUAUUGUUCAAACAUGGAUUCGUGUGCAGUCUCGAGAACAGUUUUCAAAAACCAACAUCUUUGUUUUGUCUUCCAACAGUCAAAAUGAAAUCGAAGUGGGAAAUAAAAACGUAGAUGUAUCGACAAAAUAUCUAUUACUGACUUCGACCGAUAGCAGCAAAGCGAGCGACGGGAAUGAAAACAACGCCAAUUCCCUUCGGUACAGCACCACUGCCAACAAAGAAUGCCUUCAUUUCGAUCAGUUAGCUGAUAGCAUUGACGAUGUAUUAAAAGCAUGUGUCGUAAUGGGAAAUAGUACAUGGUUCGGAGGUCCUGAACUGCAAUAUCAGUACUGGCCAUUGAACAAACUGAAUUUGACAGAUGUGCCUUACGUUACAACAGGACUAGCCGCCGGUCAAGCCGUAGUGGAAUCUUACUUCUUUAACUCCGACGGUUACUACAUACACGUCGACGAAUCCGUUCCUCUAUUUUUGGAUAUCAACGGACCGACCCCGGGCAAAAUUUGUUUUACAUCCAAAGUAAAAGCCCCUUAUAGGAGGCUUGAAAAUCGAUUGAAAUUUCGGGUGUGCGAGUAUGAAAAUCCCAGAGUAGCCCACGAAAACGCCAUUAAAGAUAUUUUCGGAAAACCCACUUCCAUACCCGACACGUACUUAGUGAGGAACCCGAUUUGGUCUACCUGGGCUAAAUACAAAGAGCACGUCAACACUUCCGCUGUGUUGGAUUAUGCUAACCAAAUUAUCAAAAGUGGUUUCCUUGGUCAGCUCGAGAUUGACGACAAUUGGGAAACUUGCUGGGGGGAGGCGGAGUUUGACAAGAUUAAAUUUGAAAAUAUACAGGAACUUGUAAGCAAUUUGAAAUCGAAGGGAUUUAAAGUAUCCCUCUGGACACAUCCAUUUAUUAACGCUAAUUGCGCAUCUUUUAAAAUCGCCGAAUCCUUGGGAUACUUUGUAAACAGCACUGAGCAUAAAGUUGUAACGACAUGGUGGCACAAAGAAGCGGGUCAAAUAGACUUCACCAAUCCUGCAGCGGCCAAAUGGUGGUCCGCAAGACUUCAGAAGAUGCUUCACGACACUGGUAUCGAUACGUUGAAGUUCGAUGCAGGCGAAUCUACUUGGUUACCUCAAUUACCAGUUUUCUUUGAUACUGAUUUGACUUAUCAACCGGAUAACAUAGUAAGCGCGUACGUUGACACAAUAUCGAAAUUCGGCAAUGGCAUUGAAUACAGAUCAGCUAGAAGAGUGCAAAAGCACGGCCGAUUCGUGCGUAUGGUCGACAAAUUAUCUCUGUGGAAUUGGCAAUUUGGUCUGCCCACACUUGUAACGACCCUGUUGCAGUUCAACAUGGUAGGAUAUCCGUUUGUGUUACCGGAUAUGAUUGGCGGAAACGCUUAUGGUGAGGACUUACCGUCUGCUGAAAUGUACAUUAGAUGGAUGCAAGCCAACACCUUUAUGCCGGCCAUACAGUUUUCGAUCACUCCUUGGGACUUUGGCAAAGAGACAGCCGAAAUCUGCAAAAAAUACAUGGACCUUCAUCAAAAGUAUUCUGAUCUUAUAAUACAAUUGAUGGAAAAUACCGUCAGUACCGGUGCUCCAAUAAACCCUCCAAUCUGGUGGAUAGAUCCAACGGAUACUACAGCGCACUCCAUAGAUGACGAAUUCCUGUUGGGCGAAGACAUUCUUGUUGCUCCUGUUUUGGUAGAAAAGGCCGUUCAACGUGACAUUUAUUUGCCAGCUGGAAAGUGGAGGGACGAAUCUCGCCCUAACACGCCCUUAAUAGAUGGUAGAACGUGGCUACGUAACUAUCCGGCUAGCUUAGACACACUACCGUGGUUUACAAGAGUUAAUGAUUCGAAUAGUUCAGUAGGUUCUAAACAUCAAAUAGGUUACUCUGUACUUGUUACUUGCAUAGGAAUUAUGUUUAUUGUAAAGACUGUUAUGACGAAUUUCUAACUAUAAUUAAUGUUAUUUCAAAGUACUAUAGCAUUUAAAAUAUCAUGUAUUAUUAUUAAUAAUAAUUUUUGUUGACUGUUUUAUAUAAAAAUAAUAAAUUUUAUA